CCUCGCGGGGAGCAUUUUACACAUCCCGACCACGCGGAACGCGGAGGGGACUCCGCCGCCGUUACCGCCGAUGUUUUGCUGCCGGCGGCCACCGUGUAAAAGGCGGCGGGAGCGGGCGGAGGAGCGCCACAGCGACACGCACGGCGCCGCGGCGAGCGAGCGAACGGCAGCGGAAAAAAGCUCCGGCUCCCGCUGACAUUUUAUCUCCCGACAGCGCAGCCGAAAAACGGCGACUCCGAGCGCAGCGAUGCCGGGCAUGAUGGACAAGGGCUCGGAGUAUCUAGGGAAAGGUCGCUCGAACGGCACCAAGAGUCCGUCCAACGCUUCCAACGGACAUUUUUCUGACGAAAGCGGCAGCGACGACGAGCACGAUGUCGGGAUGCGGGUCGGAGCGGACUAUCAGGCCAACAUCCCCGAGUUCGAGCCCGGUUCCACCAAGUACACAGAUAAAGACAGUGGAGGGAUGCUGGUCUGGUCUCCGUACCACACCAUCGUCGACUCCAAAUUGGAUGAAUACAUCGCUAUAGCCAAAGAGAAACACGGAUACAACGUGGAGCAGGCUCUCGGCAUGCUCUUCUGGCACAAACACAACAUAGAGAAGUCUCUGGCCGACCUGCCCAACUUCACUCCGUUUCCGGACGAGUGGACGGUGGAGGACAAGGUGCUGUUUGAACAGGCCUUCAGCUUCCACGGAAAGAGCUUCCACCGCAUCCAGCAGAUGUUACCGGACAAAUCCAUCUCCAGUCUGGUGAAGUACUACUACUCGUGGAAGAAGACUCGCUCCAGAACGAGUCUGAUGGACCGACAGGCUCGCAAACUGGCCAACAGGAGCAACCAGGACGACAGUGACGAGGAGAUGGAGGAAGCCAAUCCCAUCGAAGCCAACGACAGCGACUACGACCCCAACAAGGAGGCCAAGAAAGAGACCCAGGUGGAGCCGACGGUGCCGGGCUCUAAGGUGGCUCUGGGUCGACGGGAGCACCAGACCCUGCAGCACCGACACCACCAGCGCUCCCGCUGCCGCCCCCCGAAAGGCAUGUACCUGACCCAGGAAGACGUGGUGGCCGUGUCCUGCAGCGCCUCCGCCGCCAACACCCUCCUCCGUCAGCUGGACAUGGAGCUGGUGUCCCUCAAGAGACAGGUCCAGAACGCCAAACAGAUGAACAGUGGACUGAAACACAUGUUGGACCCUGGGAUUGAAGAGUUCAGGCUCCCUGAGUGUAACCAGAAGGUGAACGCUCGUUGGACCACAGACGAGCAGCUCCUGGCUGUUCAAGGUGUCAGGAAAUACGGAAAAGACUUUCAGGCCAUCGCAGACGUCAUAGGCAACAAGACGGUGGGCCAGGUGAAGAACUUCUUUGUGAACUACCGGCGGCGGUUCAACCUGGAGGAGGUGCUGCAGGAGUGGGAGGCCGAGCAGGGAACACGAGCUCCUAACGGAGACAGCGCCACCUCCGGAGAGGAGGGAAAGAAUAGCUCCACCACUCCGUCAGGGAAGAGCACCGACGAAGAGGACGAAGAGGGUCAGGUGACCUCCUCAGGUGCGUCUCCUGCUGCCUCCUCUUCUUCUACAGCUCAGACUCCGGUGAUGUCCAGCACCUCCUCCUCCUCCCUCCAUCAGCCGCCUCCCCUCCUUCGGCCCUCCCUGCCGGCCACGCCCUCCCUGCACCGCCAGCCCCCGCCCCUCCAACAGCAGGCUCGCUUCCUGCAGCCCCGUCCCACCCUGCAGCAGCCCCCGCCACUCAUCCGCCCCUCUAACCCCCUGCCCCCCCGCCUCAACCCCCGCCCUCCGGUUCCCAUGACGCUCGGCGGCAACCCCGGGGGGUCAGGUCCAAGCUCCACCCAGCAGCCCUCGGGCCUGGCCAUCCACCAGUCGGAGACGGCCUCAUCUUCCUCCCUCCAUUAACGAACGUCAGACUGAAUUGCUGUUGAAGAGACACAAGAAAGAAAAUAUUCAGUUUCAAAUUGAAGCUGCUGCGUUCAGGCCUGGUGGGAAAAUCUUAGGGACUUUGUGCAGUUUUUCACUGCUUUUGAUCACCUUUUCGACCCACACGAACAGACACAUUUGAAAGACACAUUGACAAAAAACAAAAUCCAAAAUCCUAAUCUGAGUUUUUAAUAUUUGGUGAAGAGUGCGUUAGGGGUCAAAGUUCGUCUUUCCCACAGGACUUAACAUGUAGCGUACCUGCUGGCUGAUGGGCACCUGGUUCUAAAGUCUUUGUCUUGUACAGGAGGUUUGACUAGAAGUAAUUCAGUCUUCAGACAGAUAAGUAAAUCUCAGUCUUUUCAGUCAUCAACUAAUCCUCAACAGACAUUACAUGGCGUCCCACAGGGUUCAAUCCUGGGUCCCUUUAUUUUUCUACAUCAGUACGUGUCCUUAACCACAAACAGAAAUGGCACAGCAGUAAAACAUUUCAAAGCCAGUGAUUUAGUCAGUCUCAUAAUCUGCCUUUUUAAAUACAGCAAGACUAAGAGUCUGCAGCCAUGCUAGCAGCCCUGUGAGGCCUUACUGAGGCACAGUGGUGCUUUGAGUUAAGUGGUAAUGUCGGCAUGCUAACGUACCCAGUGACAGUGCUAACAUGCUGAUGUUCAGCAGGUAUACCGUUAACGUUAACCAUGUCCACGAUCUUAGCAUGCCAGCAUCUGCUAAUUAGCACGAAAAGCAAAGUACAGCUGCGGCUGAUGGGAAUGUCAUUAGUUUUGUAGGUAUUCGGUCAUAAACCAAAGAGUUGGACAAAUUAAUUCUCUGACCUGAUUAUGGUGCUAGAUGAAAAGUCAGGAUCACAAAAGGUAUUAGAAUAUAUACUUCAUGGGAAUGAUUUUAAUUGAAGCUGCAACGAUUAUUUGAUUAGUCAUUUAGUCCAUUGACAGAAGCCUAAUCUGCAAUUAUUCUGAUGAUCGAUUAACUGAGCAUUUUUCAGUCAAAAAUACCAACAAUUGAUGGUUGUAGGUUCUCGAAAUGCCAGGAUUUAAUGCUUUCUGUGUCAUAUGAUAGCAAAGAGAAUAUUUUGGUGUUUUUAGACUGUUGGUUGAAUAAAACAAGCUAUUUAAAUA